AUGUUGUCUGAUGAUACCCGAAUCACAGCACCCAGCUCAGUGCAGUUAGUUCUAUUGGAUUUUGCGGAGCCGGCUUUCGACCAUGCUGCAAUGUCGAAGCAAGCUAUACCACAGAACGACGUAGGGCAAAUGGAGGCAACCCUGCAGAGCCUGCAGGAUCCCAACUUGGUGAUUGAGGGUGGGCCAGCCUUGCACUUUGCAGCAGAAGCUGGCAACAGAACGGCUGCACUGCUCUGGCUUGAGGCUGGCGCGGAUGUAAACGCUGACAUGCCAAAUGGGAUGACGGCUCUUCUCCUGGCCGCGUUGCGUGGCAACAUGGAUGUGGCGCGUUUGCUGCUGGACUCCGGCGCGGACAAGGACGAAGCCGCCACGACAGGCGGAGGUGACACGCUUGUUGCUGGACUCCGGAGCGGACAAGGACAAAGCCGCACCACUCGGAGCAACGCCUCUUUUCGCGGCAUCGUCCCAAGGACAUUUGGAAAUGACACGCUUGUUGCUGGAAUUCCGGAGCGGACAAGGACAAAGCCACGAGAGACGGAUCAACUGCUCUCAUCUGUGCGGCUACCAGAGGACACUUCGAGAUGA